CUGUGCUUAAAACGAUUUUCGGGUACGCGAUCGAAAUUGACACUAACGUGGUGACGGUUAAGGCUAUGGCACAAAAAGUCAUAUUCCAAAUAGCGUCAAUUAAUACACCGUUAUGCGUGUCGACACUGACGUACGACUCGAGUCAUAGUAAAAAGCCUAUUGAGAAGAAUGGCUAUCUAAAAUUGAUCUCGCUGUUCAUAAGGAAGAGACCAUUGAUCCUGUAUUCGAAUUUGUCAGCGUUGGUCGAAUCGGUGGUUAAGUCAUUGGAUCCCAACAUACCGAAGAUGAGAGAUACGGUAUUACAAACUACGACAAGUGUGCUUCAUGAUUUCGUGAAAACUUUUCCAUCCAUCACAUUUCAUGGAGGGACACAAAAAUUGGCAGUUGGGACACUCGAGGGAGCAUCAAUUAUUUAUGAUCUGAGGACUGCAACCAGAUGUCAUAUAUUAGAGGGUCAUACGAAAGCGGUUACCGCGAUAACAUUUUCAGGGGAUGGAAAGAUUAUCGUGUCCUGUUCGCUCGAAGAAGGAACAGUUCGGGUGUGGAACCCGAAUCCAGGUUUUCUAGGCAUGAUUGCCGGAUCACUGACGCAUGGGGGGGGCAGCGGAACAGCUGGAGGAAACGGCAGUAGCAGAAAUGGAAUAAAUGGCGUUGGCGGUCACUCGGUGUUUUCUAGGAAUGAAACGAGCAAAGGUGUCAAGAUGGGAUUCAAGGGUUCUUUAUCGAGUUCCGUCAAGCCCAUUAAAACUUUUGGAUUCAACCUAGGAGAGGACGAGGUUGCGGGUUAUUUCAGGCGAACAUUCGAGAGAUAUUCGUUCGGCGGCACCAAUAAUUUUUAUCUUUGCGCCAAUGUCCUUCCGGCUAUAUACUGGUAUAAUAUUAUAGACGAGAGAACAAGGGAUGGGAUAUGA